CGUAACCGGUAAAACCCUCGCUUGCGCCAUUAACGGGCCUCAACCGCUCCUCUCACAUCGCGGCUCUCCACUUUCCCCCCUUCGAAUUCGAAUCCCCCACUCUGCAACACGAAGAAGAGGAUUCAAACCCUCACCCUUGGCGUUUCUUCCUCGACGUCGUUGCCCUCCUUUCGGAGAUGGAAACCCUAACCAUCUCCGAGCUCAUCACCUCCCUCCAAUCCGCCUUUCGAGACUCGGACAUGGAGGAGGUGGAGCGAAUCCUCGUGGCCCGAGACGAAGCCCUCCGUUCUCAGAUCGCGAGAACCCUCUCGGAGGAGCUAAUGGUGAAGGAGGUCGAGAGGAUCGAGCGCGAUGCUCGAAUUCAUAGCCUUGAAGGGGAAUUAAGCGCUCUUCGGAGCCGUUACGCCCUAUCGGAGGAGCGGAUCAACAAUCGUGGAGAGGGUUUUGGGUCGGAGAGGUCGGAUAAGGGGCAAAAUGCGAAUUUUGGGGACGUAGAGAGUGGAAAGAUCGCUCCUUUGGUGUCGGGUGAGGGGGUUAGGGUUUUAGGCGAGAGGGAGCGGAUUGGGACGGGUGAGGAGGACGAUGGGUGGAAGAGGAGGUGCGAGAAAUUGGAGGCUAGGGUUUUGAAAUUGGAGGAAGAGAACCUUAAAUUGAGAGCGAUCGAGCAAGAGAGAUGCCAAAAGGGAAAAGCUUUAGGAUCUAUCGUGGAGAUUAUCGACAGCAGCAGCGACGAUGAGAAGUGCGCUGAAGACCAUGGCCCUAAAGAAUCCAUGAAGAGGUUGACUUUAUUGAAUCUCGAAGAGGAAGCGGAUACUGAGAAAAAGAUUAAUACGGAUUCAGUCGAGGAUGAUUUCGGCGGUCGGCACGCAGAGAACGUUCUUCCUGUCCCGACACCUAAGAGGAAGCGGGGUUCGAGAGUGAUCAUCAGUGAUAGUGAGAGCGAGACCGAUGAUGAUGAUGAUGAUGAUGAUGAUGAUACAAUUCCCAUUGCCAAACUUAAGAGAAAGAGACUCAACGACAAGGUAAUUGGAGGGAUUAAAGAUGAUUCUGACGAUAUUCAAGAGGACUUUAAACCUAGUAAAAGACGUUUGGUUCGACUGAAAAAAUGUAGUACAAAAAGUAGUAUGGAAGAGGAGAAUUCCCCUGAGGAUGCAUUAUCUAAAGAUCAACCGGAAAAGGACAAGCCUGCUACUAAUCGGAAGCUCAAGUUCUUGGAUGUUGAAAAAGACGAAGAGGAGGAUGGGUCGGAGAGUGAGGGUGCGAGUCUCGGUGGGUUCAUUGUUAGUGAGUCCGAAAAUCUCGAGAGUUCUUCUGGGUCUGCUGAUAGUUCUGCAUCUGAAGUAGAAAAAGAGGAAGAAGAAGGCAGUGAUGUAGAUCUUGGUGAAGUUUUGGCCAAUAUACGUCGGGGAAAGAAUAGUAAGAAAUGGGAAUAUGAGGGUGAUAUGCUAUCUGCGUUCUCGAAUGAUCCCGAGCUUUGCUUGAAGGCCGUCUGCGCACUCUAUCGGCAGCAAACGUCAGAGGAGCAGUCGAUGAAGGCGGCGAUUGUUCGCAACAAGAGAGGAUUUAACCAAUUAGAUGCAGAAAGGGGAUCUUUGAUUGCUGAGUUUCUUAUGGAUGGCGGUUCCUAUGGUCCGAUUAAGAAGACGGUCGAGGACUUGGAAAAAUACGAUCCCGGAGGUUCUGAUUUCUGCGACAAGCUGGCAAGGCGCUACUCGAAGCAGCUGUUCAUGAUUUACCAGAACAAAGAGGACCCUUGUUUCCAUCCAUCCUAACUCUAGCUAGUUGUUACUGUUGAUAUCUCUAGGUUGGCUCUUUUGAGAGCUUAAUGUGUUGCUCUCUCUCUCUCUCCUUUGCUUUUUAAACUAAAUACCCAUGUAUAUACUUAUGUACAGGCAACUAGAGAUUACGAACAUCUUACUUUUUGUGAGAGAGAUUCCUUGUUCCUUUUGUUUGUGAUUGUACAAAUCUAAAAUGAAGUUGGAUUGUAUGUUUAAUAUUAGUUUCUAGUUCUUGCAAUGAA